GAGACUUGAAUAUUCGUUGGAUAUGCAGAUAAGCGAAGCCAUCUCUCAGUCGGAGGGAGACAGAGACCAACAAGCUUCCUGCCAAACGACAGCUAACUCCCCCAGAAAUUUAACCAGUUUUAAUUUUAAGCAUUUUCCACCGAGUUCGCAUUGAGAGAAAUAGAACAGAACGCCGCAAAGUGAAGAAAACUGGACGUUAAAAAUUGUGGAGGAGCUUGUGGAUUCGACAAGGACAAGAACUCCCGAGCAGACUGCAUCCCGAAGCCACCCAAAUUUUAAGAAGAUUGCAUCCGCCGGUAUUAUCUUCAAAAGUUCUGCAAGUUUGGUUUGGUUUAGGAACAGAAAGUGAGGACAACGCGCUCGCUCGACAAUAUGGCGAAAGUUGUGGAUCUUACUGAUAAAAAUCGGCACCCCAUGACGUUGCGGUCAGCUUCUUCGCGAGAGGACUCGGAAAAAGUGCCUGUUGACUUCAACACUGCCAUGUCUAAAGCCCUGCAGAAUCCGUUGGUACUCGACGCUAUCUUCGCCAAUCUCGGCCUCCCCGACCUGAAAACUUCUCGUCUAGUGUGUAAAGAGUGGGCCGACGUCGGCGCCACUUUCUUAGGAAAAAGGGCUCUUCUGCAGGUCAACAAGCUUUUUUCGUAUGAGGAUUCCGAAACAGCCAAGAUGGCCCCUGUCAACGACAAGCUGAUGAGGCGCCUCAUCAUCUCGGACAAGUUCGAUUCGUCCAUUCCGACAAAUAAGAAGGCUGAUGUUAUUACAAGAGCUAUCACCCACGUGGAUAAUGUGUCCCGAUUAACUCGAGAAAUAAAAUUCCUCGUCAGCCGGAAGGAAUUUGUCCCCGCUUUCCUUGAAGGAAUAAGGAUGUUGGGGUCCACAAGAAUCGAACACAUGGGGAUCUUCCGCGCGUGGGGAGGCGGUAGCAUCGACACAAUUCCAGCCAAUGCAUAUGAAAAACUCCCCUCUCAACCUUGCUUGACCUCUCUCAAAUUCCAAGCUCUUUCAGACUUUCAACAUCGCGUCGCCGACUGCAACGAAUUUCGACCCCUGAUCCAAGUCUGGCUAGAUUCUGCCCCAAAUUUGACCAGUUUUGACGUCGCGACGCCUUUCAAUCCUAAUUUGGAGGCUUGCACAAGUCUCAAAGUGCUGAAAUUUAAAUUACUUAAGUGUUGCGAUUCGCAUUACCGUCAAAUCAAUGUAACCAAGAUGCUGACACAAGUUAAGGAUUCCUUAAUCGAGCUGGAAUUGUGCCAUUCCGUGCAUGACUAUGUUCCCUUGCAGCAGAUCCAAACUGCUGACGAGGUUCCCGUGAUGUCGAAUCUUACCUCACUCACCAUCCAUGCCGCAAAGGUUUACGAAAUUGGGGACUUUUUUAAUGAGAACCAUUUCCCAAAAUUAAGAUCCUUCUCUGUCCGAAACGGGUUCAAGCCGUCAUCGUUGUUAACGCAUGUAAACUUGUGGAGUCGACACAGAGGAGUGCACUCUCUCGAGUUGAUCAUGGAUCACUACGCUUGGGAGGUGCAAGAAUUCGGGGGGAAAAUGAUCGAUUUAUUUCCCUCUGUCAAGGAAUUCGAUUUCAGGAUGGAUCUGACAUUUUUUACCUUCCCUUGCGACAUAUCGGUGCCGUUUCUUCAGGGGGAACCAGUUUGGACGUCUGCCGCCAUCUAUCGUUUUAUGAUACCGUUCCAAAUGUGGGAUUUGAAGCGGGUCAACAUUUCUUUGAGAUUGCUGGAUUCCGCCUUGAUGAUUGAUGCCCUCAAAGCUAUUUCCGUUUUGAAAGGAGUUAAAAGAGUCCAAUUCAUCUUCCCUUACAUCUACGACAAGAGGGCAAAUAAUUUUUCUACCAGCUUUGUGCAAGAUGUCAUCUUGCACAGUGGACCAUUCAAAAGCGUAGAAAUUACGAUAAAUGAGCUGGCACCGGAAAUCGUGGAACGAGUGCAACUCCAAAUUCAAGCCAGUGGUGCGCCCAUCCAUUUUGUCGGAAGGAGUGAAUGAGAAUGAAAUGAGAUAUAUUGGUACAUAAUAAUUACUACCUAAUUUAAGGUUUUAAUACUAAAAUUAUAAUUUUUCCAUCAUCACAAUUGCAACAAUGUUUCUAUCGCCUGAAAACAAUGAGACAGCUUCUUAGUUCCUAGUUAGAUCAUAGUGAGAUUCUGACUGAUAAAUAACUGGUAAUAAUGCCAUACUUAGAUUAUUAAGUUGUAAGCAUUACACAAUUUUUGCUAACUUUUUUGAUUAAGACGAUUGUUAUUUAAUAAAGUCACUAUGGUUGACAUAAAACUCUG